AGCGGCUCGGGCUUGGCUGUGGGGCUCAGAGGCUGCGGGCUAGGCACUCGCAGCUCGGGCCAGCCGGGAGGGCCUUACGCGAAGGCGCCGGGACUCGAGAAUGGUAAAAUGACUCAAGGGAAGAAGAAGAAGCGGGCUGCGAACCGAAGUAUCAUGCUAGCCAAGAAAAUCAUCAUCAAGGACGGGGGCACGCCUCAAGGAAUAGGUUCACCUAGUGUUUAUCAUGCGGUUAUAGUUAUCUUCUUGGAGUUUUUUGCUUGGGGAUUAUUGACAGCACCAACCUUAGUGGUAUUACAUGAAACCUUCCCUAAACAUACAUUUCUAAUGAAUGGCCUCAUUCAAGGAGUAAAGGGAUUAUUGUCAUUCCUCAGUGCCCCUCUUAUUGGUGCUCUUUCUGAUGUUUGGGGUCGAAAGUCCUUCUUGCUGCUAACAGUAUUUUUCACUUGUGCACCAAUCCCAUUAAUGAAGAUCAGCCCCUGGUGGUACUUUGCUGUUAUCUCUGUUUCUGGGGUUUUUGCUGUGACAUUCUCAGUGGUAUUUGCAUAUGUAGCGGAUAUAACUCAAGAACAUGAAAGAAGCAUGGCUUAUGGGCUGGUUUCAGCAACUUUUGCUGCAAGUUUAGUAACCAGCCCUGCUAUUGGUGCCUACCUCGGACGAGCAUAUGGGGACAGCUUAGUGGUGGUCCUUGCCACAGCUAUAGCUUUGCUAGAUAUCUGUUUUAUUCUUGUUGCUGUGCCAGAAUCAUUGCCAGAGAAGAUGAGGCCAGCAUCUUGGGGAGCACCCAUUUCUUGGGAACAGGCAGAUCCUUUUGCAUCCUUAAAGAAAGUGGGCCAAGAUUCUGUAGUGCUGCUAAUUUGCAUAACAGUGUUUCUCUCUUACCUACCGGAGGCAGGCCAAUAUUCCAGCUUCUUUCUAUACCUCAGACAGAUAAUGAGAUUUUCACCAGAAAGUGUUGCAGCAUUUAUAGCUGUCCUUGGCAUUCUUUCCAUUAUUGCACAGACCAUAGUAUUGAGUUUACUUAUGAGAUCAAUUGGAAACAAGAACACAAUCUUACUGGGUCUAGGAUUUCAAAUAUUGCAGCUGGCAUGGUACGGCUUCGGUUCAGAGCCUUGGAUGAUGUGGGCUGCUGGGGCAGUAGCAGCCAUGUCCAGUAUUACCUUUCCAGCUGUCAGUGCACUCGUUUCACGGACUGCUGAUGCUGAUCAACAGGGUGUUGUUCAAGGAAUGAUAACAGGAAUUCGAGGAUUAUGUAAUGGGUUGGGACCAGCUCUUUAUGGAUUUAUAUUCUACAUAUUCCACGUGGAACUGAAUGAACUACAAAUAACAGAAACAGAUUUAGCAAAAAAUCAAGGCCCUCAGCACCACACCCAGGAGAAUUCCAUCAUUCCUGGCCCCCCAUUUCUCUUUGGAGCCUGCUCUGUUCUCCUGGCUCUACUUGUUGCCUUGUUUAUCCCAGAACAUACCAACUUAAAUGUAAGAGCUGGCAGUUGGAAAAAACAUUGUGGUGGUCAUAGCCAUCCUCAUAGUCCACAGGCUCCUGGGGAAGCCAAAGAACCAUUGCUGCAGGACACAAAUGUAUGACAAUAGAUGCUGGGAAAAACUUUUGUCAGCUCCUAGGUCUUGGUUUUUCACCUGCAGUUCUGGAUGCAUAUUCCAUUUUCAUCCAAAUUUCAUUUCAUACGGUUGUCUUAAGAAACUUAUCUGCAUGAAAAAUAGAACAAUUCUCCAAAGAUGUCACUUUAAAAAAAUUUGUUUCACAUCAGUCUUUUGCCACUAAACUUUAUUGUAAAGCCUUAAAGUUUAGUUCCGGAAAAAAGGAAAAAGUUAUCUAUGAAUAAUCUCCAUGGCAUAUAUGUGCCUCUGCAUCCAUUUCCUUAAGGUGUUGAGCUUUAAUUCUAUUUAUGCUGAGUCUCAGUGAGACACUAGUAGGUAGCAUAGUUGUAGACCCAAUUAUUUUAAUGCUGUAAAAUCUUGGGUCUAGUGAUUCAAAGCCUUACGCACUAAGUAAGGAAAAGGUAAAACAUUUUGCAUUUUUUACUUUUUUUUAAUUUUUUACUAAAUGCAGAAUCAUGUUUUAAGCUUGCUUACAGAACAGUAAUUUUUAAAGAAAUAUAUAAGUGCAUUGGGGGGGAGGUGGGGCAUUAUAUGAAAUAGUUAUCAGACCAUUUGGUAUUUAAAUGGGUGGGUGUUUAGAGCCUCUAAGACUCUACUGGCUCAAGCACAGCUUUCCAAAAAUAGUUUUCAUAUACCACUGUUGUUUUGAUGUUUGCAUAAUCACAAGGACCUCAACACUUGAAUACAGAAACUAUAAAUUAUACAAUAAACUGAUAGUCUUGAAAAUGUCAGUGUGAUAUCUUUGUAUAGAUAUAGUGGCCUUUCAGGAUUGUCAUAGUAACACUUUACAAAGCUAAUGCUUGUCCUAAAUUUUCAGGACCCUAGAAGAGAGCUUUAUAUAAUAAUUACUGAUGUGAAUUUCUCUAAAGUGUAUAUUUUUGUGUCCAGUUAUAUUAUUUAAGAAAUGUUACUUUGUAUAAAUUGUGUAUAAAAUAUUGUAUAGUUUAACAUGUU